AUGGAUACACACGCAAAUGGAACAACGGAUGGUAUUUCUACUCGCGAGCCCGACCCAUCGAAGUCUGGGGCUACGGGCCCACCAGCACCGCCAGAGCUUGUUUCAGCGGAGAACACGGAGCCUGAGCCGAGGCCGAUAGAUGAGCACCGAGAAAUCUUCGAUUCUGGCUAUGACGAGAUCCCGUCCUAUACAAGGCGUCGAAGGUCUCGUCCUCCGCUCAUCGACGACUCGGACUCAUCAGACUCGGACUUCCAAGGAAAUAUCCGUCACGUUGCGAGUCAAUAUGUGAGAGAGGCUAUCAAGUAUGAGGAGGAGUCUCGUUUGGUAGAGGAGUGGUCACCGGACUUGGAGACAACCAAGACCGACCAGGCAGCCACGCGACGGAACAUUCCUCAGGUCCUGUGGAGAGUCGAUGUAUAUCGCAAAGGUCUUGGCGACCGCGAACGUCCAACAGUGACAUUCAGGAAUGACUGCCCAUAUGAUCUUUCGCUCUGCCAGCAGCUUCCUACUCCCACGGCACGGCCUUCAGAAGCACCGGACACCGAACGUGCUGCAAAAGAUGUCCCCGCCCCGAGGCCCGAUCAACCCGUCUUUGAGCUGGAAACGAGGGUCCUGGAGCAAACCAAGGCUAAGGGGAGCAAAUACCAAUAUGGGGCCGACAUUCGAGAAUCGUUUGACCAACUGCAGAUUGAGAAGUUUGCGAAGACGAGGAUGAUCAUUCAUUCGAAGGCUUUGAGCGAUGCGUUGGCAUCUCUUGUAUCUUACUAUCCUGCUCUUCCUCGACCCGAGACACCAUCCCUCAUCCCCGAGCCUUACGACCUUUUGAUGCACCACUUUGCUGCAAUUGAAGACUUCGUGGAGGGUGAAGAUCCCAGAGGAAUGCCAAAAGAAGCCCAAGAUUUGAAUGCGGCCAUCGACCUUGAGCGAUCGAAGAUCGCGGUUGAGCACAUGAAACUGUUAUACCACUUCUUGAAACCGCAGUACGAGAAUCGCAUCCAACCCUGCCUGGACGGUUUGUCGCAGGCUAUACCUCAAAUUUCUUUCGACAUGCUAUGGUACUUGUUCCGGCCUGGUGUCGAUGUCUAUGUGCAGUCCGAUGAUAUGAUUUCGGUCUGUGUCGUUCGCGAGGUCAAGAGCAACUUGGAUCAGACCAAAUGGCUGUCUUCAACCACGCCUUCAUAUUGGGAGGUGGACGCAUGGCACUUGGUCACCAAUGGGGCCAGGAUUGCUCGGACAAAAGUGAUGCACCAGAUCAAUUCAUAUACAGGACUCCGAGACGUGACCUCGCUGCCACUUUGCCCCGUCUCUUAUUGGGACGCCACUGAUGGCGGAGCCAGGCGAGAGCAGAUCCUGCGACGAAGUGGAAUGUACGUUUCAGCCCUGAAGGCCGGGAACAUGCUCGCGAGCUACGACGGACCCGAUCUCGUUACAACCCGUCAUUACAAAGGCAAAGUCGUGGUGGAUGUGCGACGAGCCCUGACAUAUGACACCGACCGCACGUUCACCAGUCCUGACCUCGCAAACGUCGUUGACGACUACCCGCAGUUUGCAGAAUAUGACUACAUUUACGUGAAUGAGUCCGAGUACGCCGGUGACAGGGAACAAGACCGUGCAGCUCUCCGACGGAAGUUGUCAGGCGUGAAGUUGGCAGUAAGUGUCGAAGAGAUUGAACGUGACUCCUACCCAGUUGAACGUUCUCCGGAUGGGAAUCUCGACUCGGCGGCGAGUAUCCGUACCACGGAGCUCACAGAGCAUCAGCUUCUGCUGCUCUACCCUUCAACAUUCGCCUUCGGAAUAAGUUCCAAACAGUGGAUGGCGGUCCGCGUCGACCGAAUGCAAACCAUAUCAUCCUCCAGCGAGAGUAUCGAAAACCUAAUCAUCGACAAAGACGAGCUAAACACCAUUCGAGCGCUGUCCAAUCAACAGAGCAGCAAAAUCGACAGCUGGUCGGCAGACUUUAUUGCAGGCAAAGGCUCUGGACAAAUCAUUCUCCUGCAUGGACCUCCAGGGGUCGGGAAGACGUAUACCGUUGAGUCGAUUGCUGAAUGGCUUCACCGGCCUCUCCUCGCCCUGACAGUUGCCGACAUCGGGACUCGAGAGACAAAGAUUGAGGCCGAGCUGCUCAAGUGGUUCGAUCUGGCCGAGGCGUGGAACGCCGUCCUCCUCGUCGACGAAGCGGACAUCUUCCUCGAGCAGCGGAAAAACCGCGACCUGGCUCGCAAUGGUCUUGUGUCAGCAUUCCUGCGAAGGAUGGAGUAUUUCAACGGCCUGCUCUUCCUGACCACCAACCGCGUCGGCCAGAUCGACGACGCGUUCAUCUCCCGCGUCCACGUGGCCAUCAGCUACCCGACGCUGACGGCCGAUAUCCGGCGCAAGAUCUGGAACGGUUUCUUCAAGAAGCUGGUCAAGGAGCGCGUCGGGAAGAUCAAGGUCGCCCUCAACGCCAAAAAGUGGGUUUUGGACAACGUGGAGAGCCAGGACGAGAUGAAUGGCCGGGACAUCCGCAACGCGCUCCAGACGGCCAUUCGGCUGGCCGAGUUCGAGGCCAUCCAGGAUCCGGACAAUGAUCCCAACGAGUCCAUCGUCGUCGAGGAGGCGCAUUUCAGGCGCGUGCUGGACAUGAGCAACAAGUUUCACAAGUACGUCAACAGCAUUCGGCGGGAAGAUGAGGCCAAGAGGGCAGGCCUUCGCGGAGACCGCAACGACUAUGCAAAAGACGAAGAGGAGGGCGCGGAAUGGCCCAAGGCGAAGAACGUCCGCUUUGUGUAA